AUGCCUGACUACUGCAGUGUAGCAUUUUCAUGUCUGAAGAAGACUUCAGCAGUAUCACCUCCUAUAGAUCUUAGCGCUUCCAUUGAAAUUCUUGCAGACAAUAGAAAUUUUGUUUUAAACAACUCACCUCUUUGGAAGCAGACUCUUCCAAAGCCAUAUUGGAAACGCGAUGCAUUCAGUGAAUGA